UAUUUAGAACAAAAGUUGACAUUGUUUUGAAAGCAUUCAUUGAACAAUUCAAUACAUUUGGAAAUUUAUACCCGAAAGAAGUAAACGCGAAAAUGAGUUUCAAAGGCAAAGUUGUGUUGGUAACCGGCGCUAGUUCCGGAAUUGGUGCUGAUGUUGCGCAUCAUUUUGCAACAAAGCUCGGUGCAAAAGUGGCGAUUGUUGGUCGCAAUGAGAACCGUUUGAAUAAUGCGGCCGAAGAGAUUAAAAAAUGCGGUGGAUCAACUCCGUUGGUGAUCACUGCCGAUGUUACAAAAGACGCUGCACGCAUUAUCGAUGAAACAAUCGAUGAAUUCGGCAGAUUGGAUGUAUUGAUCAAUAACGCUGGUUAUGGUGAUACCACACCAAUUCUAGACGCUGACAUUGAAAUUUUCGAUCGUUUGAUGGAUACAAAUGUCCGCAGUGUCAUCAAUUUAACGAAAUUGGCCACGCCAUACCUUGAAAAAACCAACGGAAACGUGAUCAAUGUAUCUUCCAUGGCCGGCAUUAUUCCAUACAAGGAACACUUUUAUUCAAUAUCAAAAGCAGCAUUAAAUCAAUUCACCAAAGUGAUGGCCAAUGAACUUGGACCCAGAGGCAUUCGUAUAAAUGCAAUUAAUCCGGGUUUCAUUAAAACUGGAGCAUUCGAUGCGGCUGGCUGGACGGAAGAACAAAAACAAAAACUAUUCGAUAAAAUUGGAAAGAAAAAUCCACUUGGACGAAUUGGCGAAGUAACUGAUACAACGAAAUUGAUGGCAUUUUUGGCUAGUGAUGAGGCCGCAUUCAUUACUGGUUGCCUUUAUGUCGUGGACGGUGGCGGAAUGGCUGCAAACAAUUUCAAUCAGGAUUAAGUUAGUUAUUUUUGUUUUGACUUUACUAUAGAUUUAGUAACCAUUACUCUGUUAAUUUAGUUGUUUUUUUUAAAGCAUGAAGUAGCAAUCAAUCAAAGUCAUUGUUUUUUAUAGGAAACUCGAAAUAAAUUUAUAUUGUAAUUUAAACGUGAA